AUGGAAUCAGAUUUGAAGAAGACAUUGAAGUUGAAGAUCAGACAACCUAAUUUGAAGAGUUUAAGGGAUCUCAGUAACAAGCUGAAAAAUAGCCAACGACGAACUUUUGUUGUUAGAUUUGGAAAGCUUCUUAACCUAUUAGAAGUUACUGUACAAGAAGGAGCUCUCACUACCUUAGCUCAAUUCUACGACCCUCCUUUGAGAUGCUUUACCUUCCAAGAUUUCCAACUUGCUCCAACAAUUGAAGAAUUUGAACAAAUACUGGAUAUUCCUUUAGGGAACAAAAAGACCUACCUAUAUAUGGGUCAUUAUCCUUCACUAGCUACAACUGCUGCAACCUUGGGGAUUGGAGUAAGGGAGCUAGCAAGUAAGAAAGAAAUGAAAGGAGGCGUUGAGGGUUUCUCAAGGGCCUACUUAGAAGGAUAUGCAUUAUGUUUGGCAGAAAAUGAAAAGUGGGAUGGUUUCAUGGAUGUGCUCGCACUCAUCAUUUAUGGGAUUGUUUUGUUCCCAAAAAUUAAAGACUUUGUUGCAAUUGAUGUUUUCUUGGCCUACAAGCAUGAGAGGAGAAGCCCUGUACCGGCUAUUCUUGCUAAUACAUACCACACACUUAAUUUACGCCAUGAAAGAAAAGGGGGGAUGAUUUUGUGUUGCUUUCCUACAUUAUACUUGUGGUUCAUGACUCACAUGUUCCAAAAAGGAAGUCAGAUAGAGACUAUAAGCAAAAGCGAAUGGGCCCACAACAUAGCAAGUCUUAGCGAGAAGACCAUUGUGUGGUACUCUUAUGAGCAAGACAUAAGUGAAGUGAUUUGCCAAUGUGGAGACUUCCCUAACGUACCACUGAUGGGAACCGAAGGGUGA